ACUUCAUAGGCGCGCGGUAAGAACUUUCUUUCGGAUUUAGUGCUUUGGUGAAAUUAGUAGUGAUUUGGUGGUGUGAUUCAGUUUCCAGUGAUACGUGAUCCUUCGGUGACCUUUGUUUUAUCCUAGAAGGAUUUCACGGGCUAUUUUGAGAGCUACCAGAAAUAAUGUGUUAAAUUAGUAUUAUAUCGUAGCUGUCUUACCGCUCCGUUACCGUAGUAGCAAUGCAGUUUAGAAUGAAGCGGGCGAUCCUACCGUUGCUGCUAAUAGCUGUAAUAUUAAUCGACCAGAUUCAAUGCGAAGAUGAGACCCAGGCCGUUGUUCGAAAGGCAAUAAAGAAAAAAAAUAAGAAAAGUGUUAAAUUGAAAAAUAAAACCGCAGCAAAAGUAGCGAAACCAAAGGAACGUCCGCAGGCUGAUGCACCACCGGCGUAUUCGGAAUACGAUAACUACGAUAAUUACGACUAUGGAGAAAACGAGAGGGACUACGAAAGUGAGAAUGCUAAUCGUUCCACGGAAUCGACGUUUCGUCAACCAGACGAUGAAGUUCCGCGAGUUGAGAUCCCCGCUCCUCACAUAACGGUCAGUGUAAGUCCACUCGAACCAGAAUCCAUUGUACAACCGUUUACAUGCCUUCACGAAGGUAAAUGGUACCGAGAAAAAGAUCAAUUCCAAUCGGGUUACAGGGGCUGUGCCACGUGUCAGUGUCGAAAUAGCUUAGUAGUAUGCGAUGAAGCUGACUGUCCAACUAUCAAAGCCGAUGUCAAUGUUGAAAUAAUUCCACCGUCGACCACUACUACGUCAACCACUACGACGGAAACUCCGAAAACAGGACCGACCGGGCAACCGGGAUCACCUGGCGAUGCAGGACUUCCUGGAGCACCAGGUACACCCGGAAUACCAGGUUUACCAGGCCCUCCCGGUCCCGCACCAGAUUUGAGCUUUUAUACUCAGCAAUUACAAGAAUCAAUGGCUGGCUCGGAUAAAGGUCCUUCGCCUGACAACUUUCAAUACAUGCAUGCUCAAGUUGGCCCUGUUGGACCACGUGGGCCUCCAGGGCCUGCUGGUGCAUCAGGACCUCAAGGUUUUCAGGGUACACGAGGUGAACCUGGUGAACCAGGCCCUCCUGGCGUUUCAGGUCCCCCUGGAUCAAGAGGUCUUCCUGGUCCACCUGGUAAAGAUGGAGCACCCGGAGACGAUGGAGAUAUAGGACCACAAGGUUCAGUUGGUCAACCUGGACCGCGAGGAUUACCUGGUUUACCUGGGGUACCGGGUAUUAAAGGACAUCAAGGUUUUGCUGGAAUAGAUGGACCAAAGGGAGAACAAGGUGCCUCUGGAGAAAAGGGAGCUGUGGGAUCAAUUGGUCCUAUCGGCGCCCCUGGGCCAAUCGGACCAGCUGGACCACGAGGUGAGCGUGGACGUGAAGGGUCACCUGGUCCCUCAGGAUUGCGAGGUAUUGAUGGAAUAGCUGGUCCACCAGGACAACCAGGUCCAGUUGGAAAACCUGGACCACCGGGUUUCCCCGGUACUCCCGGAAAUAAAGGCGAUAUGGGAGGACAAGGACCAAAAGGUAGCCAAGGACCGCAAGGUCCACGAGGUGAAUCUGGAAGACCUGGUCAGCCUGGAGAGCCUGGAUUAAAUGGUCCACCUGGAAAGGAUGGCGCUACUGGCGAAAAAGGAUCGGUUGGUUCUCCAGGUAUCGCCGGACCGCCAGGAUUCCCUGGAUCGCGAGGUGCUCCAGGAGCCAACGGUAACCCUGGAGAGAAUGGUGUAAAAGGAGAGCCAGGCCUACCUGGUGAAAGAGGAUACAAGGGAGAAGCUGGUGUUAAAGGCGAAGGAGGAUUGCCAGGACCGAGAGGUCUUCCCGGAGCUAUUGGUCCUGAAGGAAAAAGAGGCAAGCGUGGAAUGAAAGGCCCUACUGGAUUAUCUGGACCACAAGGAGAACGAGGCUUACCAGGUGUUCCGGGAUUACCUGGUCCUGAUGGAGCUCAAGGUAUAAAGGGUCAAAGUGGAGAUCGUGGAGCAGCUGGUCCUCAAGGAAAUAAGGGAUCAACUGGAGAUCCAGGUGCUCCAGGACCACCAGGAAUUCAAGGUCUUAGAGGAGUUCCCGGACGAUCUGGAUCCCAAGGAAAAGCCGGAGCUCCAGGAGAGCGAGGGCUACCAGGGUCCGAUGGAAAGGUUGGAGAACCCGGACAUCAAGGCUUGCAAGGUCUUCCAGGUCCCAUAGGUUUACCUGGAGACAAAGGUUUUCCCGGCGAACCUGGUAAAGAUGGAGACAUAGGGCAACCAGGCACACCAGGACCGCGUGGAGAUGCUGGUAAAGAUGGACCUACUGGUAUCCCAGGUCCUCCAGGACCGCCUGGAAACGAUGGUGACCGUGGUCCACCAGGUCCAGGAGGUCCUCGAGGAUUUCAAGGUUUACCGGGAACGCCAGGAAAUCCAGGAGCACCUGGAAAAGAUGGUCAGAGCGGUCAACCUGGCCCAUCUGGUCCAGCAGGACAACCUGGUAUUAGAGGAGAGCGCGGAUUUCCUGGAGAAAGAGGGCCAAUCGGUAUAACGGGUACUCCUGGUUUGCGAGGAGAAGCUGGUGCUCAAGGGAAUGAUGGACCACCGGGAUCUCCAGGUCCAGCUGGUAUGAAGGGCCACCAGGGUGCUCCUGGCAUGAUUGGCAUGCCAGGAUUACGAGGUCUUCCUGGCCCAUCAGGCGAAAAAGGGGAACGUGGUACUGCAGGUCCAAUUGGACCUGAAGGUCCGGCUGGUAGAAUUGGAGAAAGAGGAUUGCAAGGUCCAAUAGGACAAACAGGUCCACCUGGCGAACCAGCCGAAAAAGGCGAACCUGGAACUCCAGGUACACCUGGGGAAGUUGGAGCAUCUGGGGCUAUUGGUGAACGGGGACCUAUAGGACCCCAGGGUUUGCAAGGUUUUCCAGGACCGCAAGGGCCUAUUGGUCUGUCUGGAUCAAAAGGAGAUCGUGGUGCGAUGGGAUUGAAGGGUGAACAAGGAAAUAGUGGUAAUCCUGGCAUUCCUGGUGAACCUGGACCUCAGGGUUUGAUUGGAUUAACCGGAAGUAAAGGGUCGCGUGGAGAGCCUGGAUUACGUGGAGAGAUAGGAUCUAUGGGUGCUCCAGGAAGACCUGGAGAUCCUGGAGCUGCGGGUCAACCCGGAAACCCAGGAUCACCGGGAGCUACUGGAAUUCCAGGGCAGAAAGGUAAUCCCGGAGAUCACGGUAGACCUGGAAACCCAGGACCUACAGGCAUGCCAGGUCAACCUGGUCCUGAGGGCAUAAAAGGAGCUGCAGGUAGCGAUGGUCCUGCUGGACCACCAGGAAAUCCAGGCCCGCAAGGUUCUCCAGGAGAUCGAGGAUUACCUGGUUUACCAGGUCCUAGCGGUCUACAGGGAUCGCGAGGUCUACGAGGCGCAUCCGGUGAAGCUGGACAUCCCGGAAAACCUGGAAAUGAUGGCCCACCAGGACCUUCCGGAAUCGCUGGACCCCCUGGACCAACAGGACCUACUGGAGAGCCCGGACAUGAAGGGGCACCUGGCAAGCAAGGUCCUCCUGGUAUUGCAGGUAGAACCGGUGAUAAAGGUCCAAUUGGUCUACCAGGCUCGCAAGGUCUACCUGGCGCGCCCGGUUUACCCGGUCCACAAGGACCUCAAGGAAUCAUUGGUCAAACAGGUGAAAGGGGACUUCGAGGAGAAACUGGACCACAGGGUGUAGAUGGUCCAUCGGGUCCAAGAGGAAAACCUGGUCCACCAGGAUUGGAGGGCGCUAAAGGUGAAAUUGGAGAAUCAGGUCAAAAAGGUGUGAAAGGCCAUCGUGGUUUAAUCGGCCUGCAAGGUUUACCAGGGCCUGUUGGACCCUCUGGAGAAAAGGGAAAUGCAGGAUCUGAGGGUCCGCCGGGCAAGCCAGGUGAUACUGGACCUCGUGGUCCGCCUGGCAGAGAUGGAUCUCCGGGUAUACAGGGUAUUAUAGGCGUUACUGGGCCACGAGGACCUCAAGGAAAUGAUGGAAAACCGGGUUCAAUUGGUCCACCGGGUCCUCCAGGACCUCCGGGUCCAUCUGGUGAAGGAAUUGGAUAUGAUGCCGCUGCUUUAGCUGCUCUACUUGGACACGGGCAAAUGAGCAACACUAAGGGACCAGACCCAAGUUUGGGUGAUGAACCGUUAAAGUUUAAUGUAUUCGAUCUGACUGAAGAUGAACGCAGAAAGCUAGUAGAAACCGCUUAUGAGAAACUAAAAAUUACCUUUGCUACAUUUAAAAAACCUGACGGUAAACAAUCUUCCCCAGCUAAAACAUGUAGAGAUCUAUUCGCAGCUUAUCCGGAAUUCACAUCAGGUCACUACUGGAUCGAUCCAAAUGAAGGAGACGCUCGAGAUGCAAUUUUAGUAUAUUGUGAUGCUGAAUUACGAAGUACUUGCGUACUUCCUCAACCAUUGAGGACCAAAGAACUUCAUUAUAUUGGCAAUGAACACGAAAUAUGGCUUGGAGAGAUGGAUAGCGGUAUGAAAAUCACAUAUAAAGCGGACAGCAAUCAAAUUGGUUUUCUUCAGCUAUUAUCCGCCUCAGCAUCGCAAAACAUAACAUAUCACUGCAAAAAUAGUGUUGCUUAUUUCAACAAAGAAAAAAACAGUUUCCGACAAAGUUUGAAAUUACUAGCUUGGAAUGAUGCCGAACUGACAGCCAAAGGGCCGCAACGGUUAAGAUAUGACAGUGUCCUGGAUGAAUGUCAGCACCGAACAUCAACUUAUGCUGCUUCCAUUUUAAAUUAUAAAACGGAUAAACCAUCCAGGCUACCAAUUAUCGAUAUAGCAAUACGAGAUGUCGGAGAACUAAACCAACAGUUCUGGAUCGAGAUAGGAGCGGUGUGUUUCUAUUAAGUUAGCAUCAAACAUCAUUGCCAUCGUUCAACUGACAUCAAAUCAGGUACUGCAGAGGCAAAAAUAAUGAUCUCUGCCACAGUGACACCAAAGAAAGUGAUAUUUUUGAGAAUAUCUUGUAACAAGAUUUUACAACUAAGAUUAGCGUAGGUUCCCCUUUGUAGUUUUUAUGGUAGAUCUGAAAUAAUAAAAUGUGUGUGAGUGAAUAUAGA